AUGGUGUUUUCGCCGGCCCCCGAUGUCUUAGACGAAGACGUAGAAGUGGAGGCGCUGGUGGGCCUCGGAGAAGCCUUGAUCAGUGCCAUCCUAGAGCGCGCCCCGCUCGAGGCAAUCAAGAGCAUGAUCGCGGACGGCGCACCGCUCUGGUACCAGGACGAGGAGGGCACCUCGCCUCUGCAUGCGGCGGCGUAUGUCGAAAACGAGGAGCUGAUCAGGCUACUGAUCGAGGGUGGUGCGGUGUGGAAUGCAGUGGACAACACGCAUAACACCGCGGGGGAUAUAGCACUGUCGUUCAACAACGAGGCGUGCUAUAAUCUCGUCCGCGAUGCCGGCAUCCGCUCAGAGCUGCUCCUGGCUCUGCUUUCGUCGCGGUCCCUGCCUGCAGACUCUCCACUCUCUCUUGUUUUCAAGGCGACAGAUACAACCGCCGCCGGCUCCACUGACGCGUUCAUGUCCUCGCGUCUGCGCUUCACGACGGACGAGCACGGACAAGAGGUCUGCCUCGUCAAAGUGAACGAAAAAGAGGAAGUCGGGGUCAUGAUGGGCUGGGAGCGCGGCAUAAGUGAGUGGUGGGCGUUUCCUAAGCUGUGCGCUGGUCACGAACAGCUGCAGGAGGGAUUGAAGGUGCUGAACAUCGGCUUCGGACUUGGCAUCAUUGACAGCAUGUUCCAGGCGCUUUCGACGCCGCCAGCGCUGCACGUCAUCGUUGAGCCGCAUCCGGACGUACGACAGCACAUGCGAGAACGCGGCUGGUACGACAAGCCAGGUGUGAGGAUUCUGGAAGGGAAGUGGCAAGACUUUGUCGAGAACGAGCUCCUGGCCGUGGGGGGAUUCGACGCGAUAUACACAGACACGUUCUCUGAGGAGUACAAAGAUCUGCAGCAGUUCUUCGAACAUUUACCUGACUUGCUUGCUGGCCCGGAAUCCCGGUUUGGGUUUUUCAACGGUCUGGGCGCAACCAACGCGCUAUUUUACGACGUGUACACCCGCGUCUCGGACCUGCAUCUAUCUGAGGUCGGCAUAGAUGUUGAGUGGAGUGAUGUGGAUGUCUUCGCGGAAGACGAUGCACGGUGGGGUCGAACACGGCAGUACUUCACGCAGAGGCUGUAUCGGUUGCCAGUGGGACGGAUGAGAGCCAUUGGAUAG